AUGGCCCUUAAACCUGCUGCAGCCCGCUUUACUCGGUCUCACGGCUCUAAGCUGCAGAUAAACUCAGAUGUUGCUUCUCUUUUGUGUGGUGUUCUGGACCUGGUGUGCAUCGGAUUGUCCCUGCAGGUGUCCAGGCUCCCGCUGCCCUUUUGCUGUUUUGUGGUCCACAAGAGAUGCCACGAGUUCGUCACCUUCUCGUGUCCUGGAGCCGAUAAAGGUCCCGACACAGAUGACCCGAGAAGCAAACACAAAUUUAAGAUCCACACAUACGGAAGCCCCACGUUCUGCGACCACUGCGGCUCGCUGCUGUACGGCCUCAUCCACCAGGGCAUGAAGUGUGACACCUGUGACAUGAAUGUGCACAAACAGUGUGUGGUGAACGUGCCGAGCCUGUGCGGGACGGACCACACGGAGCGCAGAGGGCGGCUGUUCCUUAAGAUAGAAGUCAUCAUGGACAGACUACAUGUGACAGUGGGAGAGGCCAGAAACCUGAUUCCCAUGGAUCCCAAUGGUUUGUCGGAUCCAUACGUCAAACUCAAACUGAUCCCAGACCCGAAGAACGAGACCAAACAGAAGACGAGAACCAUCCGCUCAUCGCUCAACCCCUGCUGGAACGAGUCCUUCUCUUUUAAACUGAAGGCGUCAGACAAAGACCGACGUCUGUCCAUCGAGGUGUGGGACUGGGACCGCACCACCAGGAACGACUUCAUGGGCUCCAUGUCUUUCGGAGUCUCAGAACUCAUCAAAGCUACAAACUGUGGAUGGUACAAGCUUCUGAACCAGGAGGAGGGAGAAUACUACAACGUCCCUAUCCCAGAAGUGGACGACGUGAACUUUGAGCUCCGACAGAAAUUUGAGGCUUGCCAGUUAAAUAUCCACUAUCUGAAGAAAGCAAAGCUCGGCCACGGGAAGAAGGUGAUCACUCCAUCGGACCCUCGGCGCUUCAGUCUGCCCUCGGGGAACAUGGACCGCGUCAGACUGAGCGACUUCAACUUCCUGGCUCUGCUCGGAAAAGGCAGUUUUGGAAAGGUGAUGCUGGCUGAGAUGAAGUCCACCGAGGAGCUGUACGCGAUCAAGAUCCUGAAGAAAGACGUGGUGAUCCAGGACGAUGACGUGGAGUGUACGAUGGUGGAGAAGCGCGUGUUGGCCCAAAGAGACAAGCCGCCUUUCCUCACUCAGCUCCACUCCUGCUUCCAGACCGUGGACCGACUUUACUUUGUGAUGGAGUACAUCAAUGGAGGCGACCUCAUGUACCACAUCCAGCGCAUGGGGAAGUUCAAAGAGCCGCAGGCAGUAUUUUAUGCAGCAGAAAUUGCUGCUGGGUUGUUUUUCCUACACCGAAGAGGGAUCAUUUACAGAGACCUAAAGCUGGACAAUGUGAUGCUGGACUCAGAAGGCCACAUCAAAAUUGCAGACUUCGGCAUGUGCAAAGAAAACAUGUUCGAAGGAAUGUCCACUCGCACUUUCUGUGGCACACCGGACUACAUCGCUCCAGAGAUCAUUGCAUACCAGCCCUAUGGAAAGUCAGUGGACUGGUGGGCCUAUGGAGUUCUGCUGUACGAGAUGCUUGCUGGACAGCCUCCGUUUGACGGUGAAGACGAGGACGAGCUCUUCCAGUCCAUCAUGGAGCACAACGUUUCGUAUCCCAAAUCCAUGUCUAAAGAAGCCGUGUCCAUCUGCAAAGGACUCAUGACCAAGCACCCAUCCAAGCGUUUGGGCUGUGGACCGGAGGGAGAACGGGACAUCCGGGAGCAGGCCUUCUUCAGACGCAUCGACUGGGAACGCCUCGCCAACAAAGAGAUUCAGCCACCCUUCAAACCUAAAGUGGGCGGCAAAGGCGCUGAGAACUUUGACAAAUUCUUCACGCGCACACAGCCCGUCCUGACCCCUCCGGACCAGCUGGUGAUCGCCAACAUCGACCAGAGCGAGUUCGCCGGCUUCUCCUACAUCAACCCCCAGUUCCUGCACCCGUCGCUGCACAGCGUCGUAUGA